AUGGUUCUGGUCACCCCCACCCUGGCCUCCAUUGAGAGCAUGCUGCUCCAGGGCCGAGCAUACAGAGCGAGGCUGCACCAGGUCCUGCAGGCUCUGCACCAGAAGCUGGCAGCCCCGGGCCUGGGGCCAGAAAGCCUCCUGGGUGCGGACCGGCCCAUCUCCUGCAGGACCCAGCCACCGGCCUCCAUCCGCAGGGAGCGCCUCGGCGUCUGCAGCGACCCCUACAGGCUGGCCCAGCAGCUGACCCUUGUGGAGCUGGCUCGGCUGCGACACAUCGGGCCCGAGGAGUUUGUCCAGGCUUUUGUGAACAAGGACCCUCUGGCCAGCACCAAGCCCUGUUUCGGUGGUAAGACCAGGAACCUGGAGGCUUACGUGAAAUGGUUCAACAGGUUGUGCUACCUCGUGGCCACUGAGGUCUGCAUGCUGUCCAAGAAGAAGCAGGGGGCCCAGGUGAUCGAGUUCUUCAUCGACGUGGCCCGCGAGUGCUUCAACAUUGGCAACUUCAACUCCCUCAUGGCCAUCGUCUCUGGCAUGAACAUGAGCCCCGUGUCCAGGCUGAGGAAGACCUGGGCCAAAGUGAAGACAGCCAAGCUUUUCAUCCUGGAGCAUCAGAUGGAUCCAAGGAAUUUCUGCAACUACAGGACAGCCCUGCGAGGGGCCGCCCACUGCUCCCUGACCGCCCACAGUAGCCAGGAGAAGAUCGUCGUUCCCUUCUUCAGCCUGCUCGUCAAAGACAUCUACUUCCUCAACGAGGGCUGUGCCAACCGCCUCCCCAACGGACACGUCAACUUUGAGAAAUUUCUGGAGCUGGCCAAGCAGGUUGGAGAGUUCAUCACAUGGAAACAAGUGGAGUGUCCCUUCGAGCAAGACCCCAGCAUCACCCACUACCUGUGCACUGCCCCCGUCUUCAGUGAAGACGGUCUUUAUUUGGCUUCCUGUGAAAAUGAGAGCCCAGAGAACCACACAGAAAAAGAGAGAUGGAAAUCUCUAAGGUGA